AAAGGCAGGAGCGGGAGGAGACGCGGGGAGGAGGGCAGGCGGCCCCGGGGGGGGGAUAAAAGCUUCAGCGGGGACCCCCCCCCCAUCCCUCCUCCGCCCCAUGUCCGAGCCCUCUCCGCCGCCCGGCAUGGCCCGUUCGCCGCUGCCCCCCGCCGCCGCCGCCGCCUUCUUGGCCGCCGCUUUGCUGCACAUCGCCUCCGCAGCCCCCGCCCGCCGACACAAACCGGACACAUCUCGGAAGCAUCACACUUGGAAGGAGCAGAGUCCUUGGCUGUCUUCCUUGGUGAACACUAUGGGGACCGGUGUGCCUGCCAAGAGAUUUCCUGCGGGUGUGGGGGAGCAGGUACCAGGCUGGAACCCUCCCCGCUGCGGCGUCCCCGACCUCCCGGCCCUGCUGGACGGGCAGAACGGGCGGAACCGUCAGAAGCGAUUUGUCCUCUCUGGUGGACGCUGGGACAAGACUGACCUCACCUACAAAAUUAUCAGGUUCCCGUGGCAACUUGUAAAAGCUAAAGUGAGAAGGACCAUUGAGGAAGCUCUGAAAGUCUGGAGUGAUGUGACCCCACUGACCUUCACCGAGGUGCAGGAGGGCCGGGCUGACAUUGUCAUUGAUUUUACCAGGUACUGGCAUGGAGACAACUUGCCUUUUGAUGGGCCUGGAGGGAUCCUGGCACACGCAUUCUUCCCCAAGACCCACCGGGAGGGAGAUGUCCAUUUUGACUAUGAUGAGACCUGGACCAUUGGGAACAACCUGGGCACUGACCUCCUCCAAGUGGCUGCUCAUGAGUUUGGCCAUGUCCUGGGCCUGCAACACACAUCUGUCUCCAAGUCACUGAUGUCUCCUUUCUACAUCUUCCGCUACCCACUGAGCCUGAGUGAGGAUGACAAGCAAGGUAUCCAGUACCUCUAUGGGAAACCCAAUCUGCAUCCUGACCCAACCCCAACUCAGCCAGCAGAGCUGCCCCAACCAGACCUUGAAACAAAUGAGAUCACCAACGUGGAGCCCCUGCAGCCUGAUGCCUGUGACACAGCGUUCGACGCUGCCUCCUCCAUCCGUGGGGAACUCUUCUUCUUCAAGUCCCGCUACGUGUGGCGGCUCCGAGCUGGAAAGCUGCAAGAGGGAUACCCAGCUCUGGCCUCCCGCCACUGGCAGGGGAUCCCCAGCUCUGUCGAUGCCACCUUCGAGGACCCUCUGGGCAAUAUCUGGUUUUUCCAAGACUCUCAGUACUGGAUUUACGAUGGUGAGAGACGGGUAUCUGGUCCCACCCCAAUUGUGGACCUGGGCCUCCCUGCAUCCCCUGUGCAGGCAGCUCUGGUGUGGGGGGCUGAGAAGAACAAGAUUUACAUCUUCAGUGGAGGCAACUACUGGCGCUUCAACCCCCGUACCUGUCAGGUGGACAACAUCUAUCCCCGGACCAUGGCUGACUGGCGUGGAGUCCCUCAGGAGAUCGAUGCAGCUUUUCAGGAUGAGUUUGGAUUUGCCUAUUUCCUGAGAGGCCGAGAUUACUGGAAGUUUGACCCAGUCCAGGUUAAAGUGCUGGAGGGCUACCCUCGCCAGAUCAGCCAGGACUUCUUCAGCUGUACACCUUCCUCCAACUCCUUCAGAUGAGGGGGGUGCUGAUGUCCUCCAUGCUCCCCUUCCAUCACCCUUACCUCCAGCAGCCACACAGAGGGUUCCCUUUGCCAUUCCUGGCUUCCUUUCAGGCUCAGGGUCUGACAUAACAGGUCUCUGUCCUAACAAGUGACAAAGUUUGCUCCUCUCCAGUUCCAGCAGCCCCAGCUUCCGUUGCUUAUCAAUACAAAAGCAUCUGCCAUGAUCUUUGCUGGCAAGAGCAGCCACUAAACCCUUAAUGGGGCCAUACUCUUCCAGCAACAGCACCAAAAGCCAUCAAGCCAGCUUGGAAGGAGAUCACACUUCUAAUUAACCUUGACCCCACCCUGUAGAACUGAUCCAACGGCAUUUCCUAUGUUUACAUAGCUCUCCACAGCAGCACUCGCUGCUUCAGACAUUGGCCUGGGAGGAGAAGGGCUUCCAUGGAGACACCUCCCGUACCCUUAGCCAGGGACUUUGAAGGACACCGACUGCCUGCGGAGGAGCGCAGACGUGCGGCUGCUGCCAGGGUCACCCCACCAGGCUGCGGUGGUGACUGCCAGGACCCUGCCACAGCCCUACUCCCGGUUUUAUGUUGUAUUACUAGUAUGCGGUAGGAUUUUAUACUGGUUUGUACAUAGACAAGGGGCUCUCUCGCUCCCGGGGUGCUGGGUGCCAGUGCUGGACACUGCCCCGUCGCUCCCCGUGCUCCUACCGAGCUCGGUUCCUCACCCCGGGUUGCUCAUGACUGCACUAAUCGGCUUCGGACCGCCGUUCCCAGCCCGCCUGGACACCGGCCGGGGGCUGACACCGAACAGCCCCGCUCCAGCUCUUUGCACACCCUCCAGGCUACCGAACCUUAUGCCGAUAAAAACACAUCACCCAACCCAACGGGGCUGGCUCAGCUUCUUCACCUUCCACCCCACCUGUUCCUCGCCCCGGCUGGAGACUCCGCCGCGAGUGAGCCGGGGGUGACCGGCACCGCAGCCCCGGGGGUCUCGGUGCCGGCCUCUCCUCACGUGCAUGACUGUAGAACAUUACAGCCCCCUACGUUCCUACACCCCUCUGUGAGUGCUGUGUAUUUAUGUACCGCCCUACAACAAUAAACCGCCUCUUUUCUACA